AUGCAGAUGCUUAGCUCACUUGGGGACACGUCUGCCAGGUUGACGCUGGACGGGGCCUCGAAGAAGCCGGAGCUGCACAAACCCGAAGCUUAUCCGUGGACAGGCGCCUGGGGUGGACCCGACCGCGACUGGACGCCGGCUCCGCCCAAGGCCCCGCGCCUGCGGAUCUGCCGCCCUCUCGCGUCGCGGCGGGCGAGGGGCGAGGUGGCCAAAGAAGUUCUUCAUCAGCCCGACCUCGCCCUCUCCAAAGAGCUGGGAGAGAGCUUGGCAGCUGUGGCCAAUGUUCUCCAGGAUUCCCGAGACCUGCGACUCUUGAGGUCAAAGUUGCAAUCAGAGCCAGCCGCCGGUGCGACAAGGCGAGCUUUGCGAGCCCUUAGCGCGCUCCUGCCUUCCGAUGCCUCGAAAACUGGGCCUUUGGAACGCUGUCAGCUUCCGCAGGAUGUCGAGGCCUUGGUCCGCGUCUUGGACGCGGCCUCCCGAGCGCAAUUCGAAGAAUUCCGGGAUCUUCUGCGCCGGCCACCGGUUCUUGAGGCAGAUGAGCCAUCCACCACACUUGUCAAGCUGGCUGUGCUGGUCUUGUCCUAUCUGACUGCGCGCUUCGCGCCCGCACAGACAGCUGCAGCGGAGCCUGUCGAAGCCUCCACUGUCACACAUGUCGAUACAGCAGACAAAGAAGUGAAAGCUCCAGAGCCGCGUGCGGAACCCAAGCAAUACCCCGCCGAAGUGCAGAAGCAGCUGCGCAAGAAUGGCAGCCUGGUAAGGGCUCUGCUGGCGGACGCCUGCUUGGAUGCCUUGAACUUCGAAGGCCAGAAUAUGCAGGAAGCGUUCAUGGAGAACGCCACCUUCCGCAAAGCAGUUCUUCGACGGUGUCGCCUGGAAAAAGCCAGUCUAGGAAAAGCCAAUAUGACCUCCUGCUGCUUGGAGGGGGCACAGCUGCGCGAAGCCAUACUCGAUGCUGCACAGCUGGGGCACGUAAAUGCCGUGGAUGCGAACUUUACGGACGCAAGCCUCAACGGCGUCUGCAUGCGAACGGCGAACCUUUCUCGGGCCAGCUUUCAGCACGCUACCCUCCAACGUGCGGUGCUGGCCAACUGCAAGCUCGAGGGAACCAACUUCGAGGAUGCUGACAUGUCCAGCUGCAUCCUGGACGGCUCUGUGAUUCUCAAAGCCAAUCUUCUGCGGGCAAAGCUCAGGUCGUCGAGCCUGCGAUCGGUACGGCUCGAGGAGUGCAACCUGGACGAUGUGGACCUCAGUCAUGCGGACCUGCACUCCAUCACCGUGGUGGAUUCUCAUGCGCUGCGCGCCAAAAUAGGAAAGGCUUCGCUGAUGAAGGCUGUGAUAAAGAAUGCGGCUCUGGCAAGCUCCCACCUUGCGGGGUCCAACCUGUGUGGGGCGCAGUUGGAUGGUGUGGACUUAACAGGUGCCGACUUGCUACGAGCAACCGCCAGAGGAAUCAAGCUGACCAAGGUCACCCUGAACAAAGCACAGCUUGCGGGGUCUUCCUUGGACGAUGCCAAAAUUGGGGAAUGUUCCUUCUUAGAGGCCGACUUGCAGCAGAGCAGCUUCGAAGAAGCGCAUGUAUCGGCGACCGCCUUCCGCAAAUCGGACUUGCGAAAUGCACUGAUGACCAAAGCAGAUAUUUCGAACUGCGACCUCUCAGAUGUCAAGGCGGAUGGUAUAGGGCUUCAGAAAGCCAAGCUUCACAAGUCCAAUCUCGCUCGGCUUGUGGCUGAAGGCGCUGCCCUCGACGAGGCGCAGCUUCAUGGUGCCAACCUGGAAGGUGUCAAGCUGACGGCUUCCAGCGCCAAACAGGGCAACUUCGACCAUGUCUGUCUUCGCGGGGCCGUCCUUUGCAACCUGGCCGCUGCCCAGUCUCGCUGGGACGGGGCAGACCUUUCCAGCGCAGAUUUUGCAGGAAGCUCUUUGAGCAGAGCCUUCUUUGGCAAGGCUGUACUAAAGGCUGCAAACCUGGCCGGCGUGGACUUGAGUGGCUCUGACAUGGCUGGGGCCUGCUUGGACGAUGCGAUUCUGGACUCGGCAGACUUGUCUGGGGCAAGCCUUCGUGAUGCCCAUGUGGACAGAACCAACUUCACACAAGCCUGCCUCAAGAAUGCAACCCUGCAAAACUCGACGGGCGCAGCGCCAUGCUUCAAGAACACCUGCUUGGAUGGUACGGUCUUCAGCUGCGCUUGCCUCUGCUCCGCGCAGCUGAGUGGAGCACGCGGGCAGGGGACGGUGUUGCGGAGGGCUCGGCUGCCAGCAGCUGAUAUGACCCAGACCUGCUUCCGAGAGCUCGAGGCAGAGGCUGCCGAGCUCCAGGGUGCUAACUUACAGCAAGCCUCGAUCCCUGCUGGGCGCCUGGUUGGUACCAAGCUGGAUGGUGCAAACCUGCAGGGAACGCAGCUACAAGGAGCUAAGAUGCGGAAAGCCAGCUUGACUGAAGCGAAGGCGCAGGAUGCGAACCUGCAUGAAGCGGAUCUUAGAGAGGCGUGCUGCCAAAGCGCAUCAUUUGCAAACUCAAUACUGCGCAACGCAAACUUCGACUCCGCAAAACUGGCCAAUGCCAGCCUGGAGGGAGCUGAGCUGACUGGCGCCACGCUGAAGUCAGCAAGCAUGACAGGUCUUCAACUGCAGCGGGCUGUACUGAUGGGUGCGGACAUGACAGAAGCUGCAGGAGUCGGCUGCAACUUCAGCGGCGCCAACCUUCGGAAAGCUAAGUUGCCCGAUGUCCAACUGCAAGAGGCCUGCCUCGAUGAGGCAGAUUUGCUGGAGGCCUGGGCCAGGCAUGCUGACUUCAGUCGGGCCUCCUUCGUGCGGGCAAAGCUGGUUAAGGCCGACCUUGGUCAGAGCAACCUCCACCAGGCAGACCUCGAAGGUGCUGACCUUUUGCUGACCAACCUCGAGAGCUCGAACAUGGAAGAAGCUUCACUGCGCAAUGCUCGCAGUGUGGACGAGGCCAAGCUGCAAAGAGCUAUCUUCCGCUUUGCAGAUCUGCGUGGCUCCGGCCUUUCCCUGGCCGACGUCACCAGAUACAGCAAUGUGCGAAGGGACAGGGAGCAGGUGCUGCUGGAUGCCCAAUCCGUGAGUCCGCAGUGCGAGGAAGGCAACACCGACCAGCUGAACCGACGAGCAGUCAUUGUUGAUGGCGAUGAAGGCAUGUGGGUUCUGGAGGGAGACGAGGUGGUGGCAGUCAAUGGGGAGACCUGUGAGGGCAAGGGCCUGGAUGAGGUGGGCCCUCUUGUCAAGAACUCCGAAGGCCAACAUGAGAGCCGCAGCUUGGGAUGUCCCCCCUUAUACUCACAGCUCCUUAAUGGGGAUUCUCCUGGGGGGGGGGGGUGUACUGUAGUGUAG